AGGAAACAAGAAAACUUUCCACCCUGGAUUCUCUACUUCUGAUCCAUGGACAGAGCCCAACUCAGCCAACUUACAGACAGGCUAUAAGCAGUCCGUGCUCCUUCUACUGCGACCUGCUAGCGGGAGCCGCGUCUCCAAGCAUGGAGCGGAGGAGUGAGAGCCCCUGCCUGCGGGACAGCCCCGACAGAGGCAGCGGCAGCCCUGAUGUCAAAGGGCCCCCACCCGGGAAGGUGGCCAGGCUGGAGCAGAACGGCAGCCCCAUGGGCACACGCGGGAGGCCCAACGGCGCUGUCACCAAGCCCGUGGGAGGUUUGAUGAUUCCAGUCUUUUGUGUGGUGGAGCAGUCGGAUGCCUCUCUUGAAUAUGAUAAUCGGGAAGAGCACGCAGAGUUCGUGCUGGUUCGCAAAGAUGUGCUCUUUAGCCAGCUGGUGGAGACAGCGCUCCUGGCUCUGGGGUAUUCCCACAGUUCUGCAGCUCAGGCACAAGGAAUAAUCAAGCUUGGGAGGUGGAAUCCCCUCCCUCUGAGUUAUGUGACUGAUGCACCAGAUGCGACAGUAGCUGACAUGCUACAAGAUGUCUAUCAUGUUGUGACAUUGAAAAUCCAAUUACAAAGCUGUUCAAAGUUGGAAGACCUGCCAGCAGAGCAGUGGAACCACGCCACAGUUCGCAAUGCCUUAAAGGAACUGCUCAAAGAGAUGAAUCAGAGCACAUUAGCCAAAGAAUGCCCUCUCUCACAGAGUAUGAUUUCAUCCAUUGUAAAUAGCACAUACUAUGCCAAUGUGUCAGCAACCAAGUGCCAGGAGUUUGGGAGAUGGUACAAGAAGUACAAGAAGAUUAAAGUGGAACGAGUGGAAAGAGAAAACCUUUCAGACUAUUGUGUUCUUGGUCAACGUCCCAUGCACUUACCAAAUAUCAACCAGCUGGCAACCUUGGGAAAAACUAAUGAACAGUCUCCUCAUGGCCAAAUCCACCACAGUACUCCGAUCAGGAACCAAGUGCCAACCAUGCAGACCAUGAUCAACCCUGGGCUCCUGUCUCCUCAGCUGAGCCCACAGCUGGUGAGGCAGCAGAUAGCAAUGGCCCAUCUGAUAAACCAGCAGAUUGCUGUCAGCAGGCUACUGGCUCACCAGCACCCACAGGCUAUCAACCAGCAGUUCUUGAACCAUCCACCCAUCCCCAGAGCUGUCAAGCCAGAGCCAUCCAAUUCCUCGGUGGAAGUGUCUCCAGAUAUUUACCAGCAAGUCAGAGAUGAGCUGAAGAGAGCCAGUGUGUCUCAAGCUGUGUUUGCAAGAGUAGCAUUCAACCGUACACAGGGUUUGUUGUCAGAGAUCCUGCGUAAAGAAGAAGACCCUAGGACAGCAUCCCAGUCCCUGCUGGUAAACUUGAGGGCAAUGCAGAAUUUCCUCAACUUGCCUGACGCGGAGCGGGACCGUAUCUACCAGGAUGAGAGAGAGAGAAGCAUGAACCCCAACGUGAGCAUGGUGUCUUCAGCUGCCAGCAGCCCAAGCUCCUCCAGAACCCCCCAGGCCAAAACCUCGACACCAACAACAGACCUCCCCAUUAAGGCGGACGGCGCCAACGUCAACAUCACAGCUGCCAUUUAUGACGAGAUCCAACAGGAGAUGAAAAGGGCCAAGGUAUCUCAAGCUCUGUUUGCCAAAGUGGCUGCCAAUAAAAGUCAGGGCUGGCUGUGUGAGCUGCUUCGUUGGAAAGAGAACCCGAGCCCAGAGAACCGGACCCUCUGGGAGAACCUCUGCACCAUUCGCCGCUUCCUCAACCUCCCCCAGCACGAGCGGGACGUCAUCUACGAGGAGGAGUCCAGGCAUCACCACAGCGAGCGCAUGCAGCACGUGGUCCAGCUCACCCCAGAGCCCGUGCAGGUGCUGCACAGACAGCAGUCCCAGCCUGCCAAAGAGAAUUCCCCACCUAGAGAAGAGGCUCCUGCUCCACCCACCGAGGACAGUUGUGCCAAAAAGCCACGGUCCCGCACCAAGAUCUCCUUGGAAGCUCUGGGUAUCCUUCAAAGCUUUAUCCACGAUGUGGGUCUCUACCCUGAUCAGGAAGCCAUCCACACCCUCUCUGCUCAGCUGGAUCUCCCCAAACACACCAUCAUCAAAUUCUUCCAGAACCAACGUUACCACGUAAAGCACCACGGGAAGCUAAAAGAGCACCUGGGCACAGUGGUUGACGUGGCAGAGUACAAGGAUGAGGAGCUGCUGACAGAGUCUGAGGAGAACGACAGCGAGGAGGGCUCUGAGGAAAUGUACAAAGUGGAGCCUGAGGAGGAGAACCCCGACAAAAACAAGGCUGCCCCAGCAGACAUCGACCAGAGAUAAUGUGAGAGAGGAGCCCGGGAAGCAAUACAUCGACCCAAGGAUUUUCUGGUUUUCUUUUUCUUUUCUCUUUUUACUUUUUGUUUUGUAUCCCUUGCGCAUGGUCCAUGUGCAAACAGAGUCCAGCAUUGCCCCAGCAGACGUCGCCUGGACUCAGACACUCAAGUGUUACACUUCCUCCACCUGACAGAAGUAACCAUUGUAAUCACAUGGGAUGAUGCCUUCAUCAAUCUUGCACUUCUGAAAGGGACAUCUAGCAAGGAAAUGUGGAGAAAAAGUCCUAUGAAAUCAAUGAAGGAAAA